AUGAACAGGAAAAAUCCUCUUUCAGGGGCCCCCACGUCCUUUGUGGAGGUGGCCGUGUUCUUCAAGGAGGAGGAAUGGGCUCUUCUGGAUCCGUCCCAAAGAGCUCUGUACUGGGAAGUCAUGCAGGAGAAUUACGAGACUGCGGCCUCUUUGGCAGCAGAUACUGAAAGACAGGGGCAACUAGGAAGGGUGUCUUCAGAAAGAGACGAGGAUCUGGAGGUGGUGGAACCUUGGGAUGGAGACGGACCUCGGAGGCAACUGAGAAGAAAAUGGGAAGGAAAACAGAAGCGGAGGAAGGAGUUGGUUGACUGUCAGGGCAGGAACAUCUAUGACAUACCAGCCCAAAGCAAAAUACAAAGAGAAAAGGGAAGGAAUAAGUGUCCCACGAAAGGGAAAAGGAUCAGCUGCAUCUCCAGCAUUAAGAUGGAACAGAAGAUCCAUACAGGGAACAAAACAUGUGGCUGCUUGGAGUGUGGAAAGAGCUUCUUUCAGAAUAGCCGCCUAACUGAUGAUCAAAGGGUUCACACAGGCAAAAAGCCACAUAAAUGCUUGGAGUGUGGGAAGAGCUUCAAUUGGAAGAGCAGGCUUACUUUACACCAGAAAAUUCACACAGGGGAGAAGCCAUAUAAAUGCUUGGAGUGUGGGAAGAACUUCCGUCAGAAUGGUAGCCUUACUUUACAUCAGAAAACUCACACAGGGGAGAAGCCAUAUAAAUGCUUGGAGUGUGGGAAGAACUUCAGUCGGAAGUCCCGCCUUACUUUACACCAGAAAAUUCACACAGGGGAGAAGCCAUAUAAAUGCUUGGAGUGUGGAAAAAACUUCGGUCAGAAUGGUAGCCUUACUUUGCACCAGAAAAUUCACACAGGGGAGAAGCCAUAUAAAUGCUUGGAAUGUGGGAAGAACUUCAGUCAGAAGGCCAACCUUUCUUUACACCAGAAAAUUCACACAGGGGAGAAGCCAUAUAAAUGCUUGGAGUGUGGGAAGAGCUUCUUUCGUGGCGGCGACCUCACUAAACAUCAAAGGAUACACACAAGAGAGGAGCCAUAUACAUGCCUGGAAUGCGGGAAGAGCUUCUGCCUGAAGCACCACCUUACUUUGCACCAGAAAAUUCACACAGGGGCGAAGCCAUAUAAAUGCAUGGAGUGUGGGAAGAACUUCAGUCGAAAGGACAGCCUUACUUUACACCAGAAAAUUCACACAGGGGAGAAGCCACCUAAAUGCUUGGAGUGUGAGAAGAGCUUCUCAACUAAAAAGUGCCUUACUUUACAUCAGAGAGUUCACACAGGGGAGAAGCCAUAUAAAUGCUGGCAAUGUGGGAAAAGCUUCAGUCAAAAAGACAACCUUACUAUACAUCAACGUGUUCAUACUGGGGAGAAGCCAUAUGAAUGCUUGGAAUGUGGGAAGAGCUUCAUUUGUAAGAGCAAUCUCAAUAAACAUAAAAACCUUACUUUACACCAGAAAAUUCACACCGGGGAGAAGCCAUAUACAUGCUUGGAGUGUGGGAAGAACUUCUCCUGGAAGAAAAGCUUUACUUUACACCAGAAAAUUCACACCGGGGAGAAGCCAUAUAAAUGCUUGGAGUGUGGGACGAACUUCAGUCGGAAGUCCCACCUUACUUCACACCAGAAAAUUCACACAGGGGAGAAGCCAUAUAAAUGCUUGGAGUGUGGGAAGAACUUCAGUCGGAAGGACAGCCUUACUUUGCACCAGAAAAUUCACACAGGGGAGAAGCCAUAUAAAUGCUUGGAGUGUGGGAAGAACUUCAGUCAGAAGUACAGCCUUACUUUACACCAGAGAAUUCACACAGGGGAGAAGCCAUAUAAAUGCUUGGAGUGUGGGAAGAACUUCAGUUGCAAGAGCCACCUUACUUCACAUCAACGCAUUCACACUGGGGUGAAGCCAUAA